AUGAACACUGAUCCUGCAAAAACGCAAGGGCAGCUGUUGAGAUCACAAGUUUCAGAAGAUAUCGAAAAGACACAAGAUGGUCGAGAAGAUGAUGCGGAAAAAAUUGUCAAAGCGAACAAGUACAUUAGGGUUGCUGCAGAGGAAUGUUUUAAAAAUUUAGAGAAAUUUCUCGAAGAUGCAUCAAAAGAGUUAGAAGAAAUGUUUAGAGCAGAGGAUGACGCGGACGUCAGUGUAGAGGUGAUCGUCAACAAAAUGGAGGAAUGCGAACGAAAACGUGAAAGUUUUGCAAUCUUAUCAUGUGAACCAUUUCAACAUUCAGUACCUCCCAAUCAACCAACGACAUUAUUAGAACAAUUUAUGGAUGGAAUGGAUGUGAAAGAUUUGAACAUGACUGGUCCAACAUGGCAUUCUUCGCUUCCAGGGAGAAAAACCGAAGAAAUUGAGAAGAGAAAGAAAAAACGAGCUGGAUUUCUUCGUCGAGUAUUUCAAAGUAGGAAACGUGCAUCGCCAACGCCACAGAGUUCGAUGUUGGAUGAUACGACCACAGCGGUAUCAGACACACCGUCCGGAAUUUCGAAACAGAUCAUGGAAAGCAGCCGGCCUGAAAGUGAUGCGAAAACGGGACCAUCGAAAAUUGCCGGCUCUAGAACAUCUCGUGAGAUUGACAGCCCUAUGGAUCCAAACUCUAUGAUCAAAAGUAAGGAAACAACAGAUGAACAAAAGAAAAAGAAAGAAGAGAAAAAGGAGAAGAAAACGAAAAGGAGACGGAAGAAACCGAAACCAUUACCAAAGUCACCUGUUGAAAUCAAGAAAAGAUGGUGGCAGAUAUGGUAG